UGACUACUUCCGGCGCAGUGAGGGCUCUGGGCUGACGCGGGAUAAUUCCUCUCUUGUAAUUACUUUUGGUUGGAAGUAUGCUCUUUUCCCAAAGAAGAUGGUAAUCUUGGAGAAUGACCAUGGAGAAGGGGAUGAGUUCUGGAGAAGGGCUACCUUCCAGAUCAUCUCAGGUUUCGGCUGUUAAAAUAACAGCCAAAGAGUUGGAAGCAAAGCAGUCCCAUAAAGAGAAACGAGGGGGCUUUGUGCUGGUGCAUGCAGGUGCAGGUUAUCAUUCUGAAUCCAAAGCCAAGGAAUAUAAACAUGUAUGCAAGCGAGCUUGUCAGAAGGCAAUUGAAAAGCUACAGGCUGGAGCUCUCGCGACAGAUGCAGUAACUGCAGCUCUGGUGGAACUUGAGGAUUCUCCUUUUACAAAUGCAGGAAUGGGAUCUAAUCUAAAUCUCUUAGGUGAAAUUGAGUGUGAUGCCAGCAUAAUGGAUGGAAAAUCCUUAAAUUUUGGAGCAGUUGGAGCACUGAGUGGAAUCAAGAACCCAGUCUCAGUUGCUAACAGGCUCUUGUGUGAAGGGCAGAAGGGCAAGCUCUCGGCUGGCAGAAUUCCUCCCUGUUUUUUAGUUGGAGAAGGAGCCUACAGAUGGGCAGUAGAUCAUGGAAUACCCUCUUGCCCUCCUAACAUCAUGACCACAAGUGAGUAA